CACGGGCGUCGAGAUAUUUUUGGGAGCUGAUAUCACCGCGACGCCGCGCACGGAGCCCGGAGCAAGGCGUGGUGGGACCGGUUAUUGGUAGCGUAUAGCAGCCCCACGCGCGGACAAAAAAGGAAGUCGGCGAGGGGAGCUGGACUCGGUGCCGACUUUGGCUGGGAGGCUGACCUCAGGGCCCAAGUGACCGACGGUCCUCCCCUCCCCUCUCCUUGGGGGGUCGGUCGUCCUCGUCCCUUGGGCUGCGCUGAGAGCCUGGACUCCUCCUAUAUAAAGUCAAGCGGACGUCAAAGAUCAGUCGUCCGCCUCUCAUCCCUCCCGUUGCGGCCGACCAUCACCAACGGAAGUCGGCAGAGUGAGCCAAGGCCCUGUGUGUGUGUGUGUCUGCCACAUUACCUACCCAGAUCGAAAUGGCGCGGUGCCCAGCUGCUCAUGCCGCUCUCUGCUCCCUUGCUCUGCUCCUCCUGCUUCCAGCUGCGCGGGCGGCGACGUUCACCAUGACCAACAACUGCGGCUACACGGUGUGGCCGGGGCUGCUGUCGGGCGCCGGCACGGCGCCGCUGCCCACGACGGGGUUCGCGCUGGCGCACGGCGCGUCGGCGGCGGUGGACGCGCCCGCGGGCUGGUCGGGCCGCGUGUGGGCGCGCACGCUCUGCGCCGCGGACGCCGCCACCGGCAGGUUCUCCUGCGCCACGGGCGACUGCGGCUCGGGAGCCGUCCAGUGCAACGGCGGCGGCGCCGCCCCGCCCGCCACGCUGGCGGAGUUCACGCUCGGCGGAUCCGGCGGCCUGGACUUCUUCGACGUCAGCCUUGUGGACGGCUACAACGUCCCGAUGCUCAUCGUCCCCGCGCAGGGCGCGGGCGGUGGUGGCAGCAGCAGCAGCAGCAACGGGUCCGCGGGCGGCUCGAGCAAGUGCAUGGCCACCGGCUGCCUCGUGGAUCUCAACGGCGCGUGCCCAGCUGAUCUGAGGGUAAUGGCUGCGUCGGCGUCGGCGUCCGCGUCCGGCGCCGGAGGGGCUGUGGCGUGCCGCAGCGCGUGCGAGGCGUUCGGGUCGCCGCAGUACUGCUGCAGUGGCGCCUACGGAAACCCCAACACGUGCCGCCCGUCAACCUACUCGCAGUUCUUCAAGAACGCUUGCCCGCGCGCCUACAGCUACGCCUACGACGACUCUACCUCCACCUUCACGUGCGCCACCGGCAUCAGCUACGCCAUCACAUUCUGCCCGAGCACCACCAGCGGCAAGUACUCCGGCGAGAACCCGCAGGCCGCGGGCGUGCAGCCCACGAACGGCUCGAUGGUCUACCUCGGCGGCGAGCAACUCGCCACCUCGGUCGCCGCCGCGGCCCGUGCGUCACAGCUCCUCCUAGCCGCCGCCGCCCUCGCCGCCGUCGCGCUGCUCUGAGCUUCGUUCCCGACGUGGCCGUGUGAAGUCGGCGGCUCGAGUCUUUGUCCUCUUUCCGGCGUGACGGGGCCAGCGAUAAAAGAUUCGACAACCAGCAGAGAGGCUCAGACGAGACGAGUGACGACGGUGCUGCUACGACUAACCGAGAGAAAAAAAACAAUGAAAUAUAGGUAGCUUAUGGCGUAGGGUUUAGGAUAACUGGUAGCAUGAGUUUUAACCUUUGCAUUCUUCUCCACGCUUCCUCGAUUUGUUGAGCCAGCCGAAAGAUGUAUUCUAUAUUUCUAUCCAUCGUUGUUCGCCGUGAUGCUAUAGAUUACAGCAAUGAUGAUUAUUUACUCUUUACCAGUUGAA